UCCUGUUCUACAGCAAACGGCGGGCCUUCCUCUCUCUCUGUGUUGUGUUUUGGAAGAGUUGGGAGAGGCAAGAGGCUCUUAGAGGUGGAGGAAAUGGAGGGGAAGGAGGAGGAUGUGAGGAUUGGAGCGAUCAUGUUCUCGGAGAGGCAGCCGAUAGGGACAGCAGCGCAGACACAUGCGAAGGACUACAAGGAACCACCACCAGCCCCGCUCUUUGAGCCAGCGGAGCUCAGGUCGUGGUCCUUCUACAGGGCUGGGAUUGCAGAGUUCAUGGCCACCUUCCUCUUUAUCUAUGUCAGCAUCCUCACGGUUAUGGGGGUGGUGAAGUCCGACAGCAAGUGUUCCACUGUGGGUAUCCAGGGAAUUGCGUGGUCCUUCGGAGGCAUGAUCUUUGCUCUGGUCUACUGCACUGCCGGCAUCUCUGGUGGCCACAUCAACCCGGCUGUCACCUUUGGGUUGCUACUGGCGAGGAAGCUCUCCCUGACCAGGGCCAUCUUCUACGUGGUGAUGCAGUGCCUGGGCGCGAUCUGCGGCGCCGGUGUGGUGAAGGGGUUUCAGAAGGGGGUGUACGAGAGCAACGGUGGCGGAGCCAACGUCGUGGCCGCCGGCUACACCAAGGGCGAUGGCCUUGGUGCGGAGAUCGUCGGCACCUUCAUCCUUGUCUACACAGUCUUCUCCGCCACUGAUGCCAAGAGGAGUGCAAGGGACUCUCAUGUGCCUGUGCUUGCACCCUUGCCUAUUGGAUUUGCGGUUUUCCUGGUUCACCUGGCCACCAUCCCCAUCACUGGCACUGGCAUCAACCCAGCCAGGAGCCUCGGAGCUGCCAUCAUCUACAACAAAGAACACGCCUGGAAUGACCAUUGGAUCUUCUGGGUCGGUCCCCUCAUUGGAGCUGCCUUGGCUGCCAUCUACCAUCAGGUGGUGAUCAGAGCCAUCCCGUUCAGGAGCAAGCGUUGAGCAGUCAUGGCUUCCUUCCAUUGCUUGUCCGUCUUGUGGUUCCGUUCCUAAUAUGCAAUGUUUGUGUGGAUUAAAUGUUGUCACACGUACUGUGUUUGUUCAGAUCUGCAUUUACUGGUGUUAAUUCAGAUAUGUAGUUGUCAGAAUUUAUUAUGAAAUUUAUCGUUGGCGUAA